UUGAGCUUCACAACAUGGAAAGUGAUCGAGCCUCCAAGUUCCCAGCCUUCAGAGAUGAAGACGAGGAAGAACGUAAAUCCCCUAAAAAGAGAAAGUUUGAUCUUAACCUCUCAGAUGAAAUUGAAAACCCUAAAAGCAUAAUCCCACCAUAUUCAAUCUACUUAGGCAAAGGACUCGGCAUCGAGAUAAAGGAAUUUAGAAAAGCUUACUACAUAACAUAUGUAAAAUAUAAUGAUAAGGGGGAUAUCAAAAAUAGAUUCAACAUAGCAGUUGACCAAAUUCAAACUUUUAUUUUAGGAUUGCAAAAAAUGGCGGAAUAUGUUAAGCAGCAUUAAUAAUUUAGAGGAGGAGAAAGGAUUGACUAAAAAUGAUAACUUUUUCUGAAAUAAAUACUGGGUUUCGGGGUUUUAACCGUACUUUAAGAGCUGAAAUAAAUUAUAGAAGUAUAGAUUCUCUGUAUACUGACAUUAAAUUACCUAUAUUUCGAAUUUUAAAUACCUCACCAGUUUUACGCUUACGUUUGGUGCUAUGUGUUCAUAUUGUCUUCGCAAAAAUUUUGCAAGACCACUUAGAAGCAGAAGAGCUAACCCAAAACUUCUACUUUUGCAGUAAUGCAUUGCGCAUACUAUCAUAUACGCAAAUUUAUCCUGCUAUUGAUAAAGGGUUUCGUAAAAUAAUCAAUUCUGUUGAAAAUUUUGUUAGAAAUGGUAGCGGAUGGUCAAUCAAAAAAAUUAAUUACAUUGAUUUACAUAUUGGCAAUUAUUUAGAACUGAGAGGGGGUUGCAAGAAUGCCUCAUUACCAGCAUCGCUGUUCAAUAAAAAAUGCCUCCUAAAAAUCAAUUGCGAUGACGAUAAAUGUUUUUUAUAUUCUAUUUUAGCAAGUUUGUAUCCUCAGAAAACUAAUGCAAACAGAGCAAUCAAGUAUAAAAGAUAUUUUAAGUACUUAAAUUGUAAAAAUUUAAAAUUUCCCGUUAAAUUAUCUGCUAUAGAAGGUUUUGAGAAAAUUAAUAAAUUGCGAAUUAAUGUUUACUCUUAUGAUGAAAGUUUAAUUUAUCCUUUAUAUAUCAGUUUAAAUAAUUAUCGAGAAAUAGAUUUAUUUUUAUUUGAAAAUCAUUACUAUUUAAUUAAAAACUUCAACAGAUUGCUUAAACUCAAACAUAAUAUCAAACAUUUUUGUAAGUUGUGCUUAUCGGGAUUUGUUCGAGCUGAAACUUUAGCUAGACAUCAAGAGCUUUGUGUCAAUAAUAAUCCGCAACGUGUAUCUAUUCCAAAAGAUUUAACUCUAAAAUUUAAAAAUUUAAGGAGAAGCGUGAAGCAUCGUUUUGCUAUUUUUGCCGAUUUUGAAUGUUUAUUGAAAAAAGUUUCAACAGCAGCUCCAAAUCCUUCAUCAUCACAUUCCUAUGCUGUUGAAACUCAUGAGCCAAUUUCUUACGCUAUGAUAGUAAUAAAUGAAAGAGAUGAGAUUAUUUUUCACGAAUACUAUGCAGGC